ACAACACAGAAACCUCAAAAAACCCAAAACCUCACACCAAGACAGAACAGAAGCAAAAUCCCAAAAACACAGAAAUGUUGAGGUUUCUUGCGAGAUCCUCACUGAAAAACCCUAAAUGGAAUCCAAAACCCAUCAUUGCUAUUCCUCAAUCACCACUUCACAAUCACUUCUCUUCAAAAUCAGGCAAAUCAUCAGCUCCAAAAGGAAACAACAACAAAGCCGACAAUCAAAAACCCAAAAAGAACCCAAAAAGAUCUGGCCUUGAUGAUUCAAAAACUGCUGUAUCUGACACCAAAGAGACUACUGAUGAAAGAGUGCUUCGUGCUCGCCUUCUUGCUCAAGACGAGAAGAACCCUUCACUUAAUGCUGGUCCUAAUGGGAGACCUUUGUUUACUAAUAUCAGUUCUCUCUCUCGACUCUCACGCAAAGACACUUGUUCUUACUUCAAAUUCGGAGAGAAGGAGCUGAACCAGAUGUUGCCAGAGGGAUUGCCAAUGGGGAUGGUUAAGGAGUUUGAGGAAUCAAUGAGGAGUGCUUUGCUUGUUCGACAAAGUUUUCUGGAUCUUCGUGAUAAUUUUAGACGUAUUGUUGAUCCUCCUUUGCUCUCUUCUGAUGGUAAAGGUCUGAAAGUUAGAAAGCAAAUUGUAUUAGAUGGUCCUGCUAACUGCGGGAAGAGUAUCACGCUUGCAAUGCUUGUUCAUUGGGCUCGUGAAGAAGGUUGGCUGGUGUUUUAUGUUCCCAGAGGACGGGAGUGGACUCAUGGUGGAUAUUUCUAUAAAAACCCAAUUACUGGUCUUUGGGAUACACCUAUUCAGGCAGAAAAUGCUCUCAAGGAUUUUGUAAAAUACAAUGAAUCUCUCUUGAAGCAAUUGCCAUGCCAUAUAUUUGAUCCUGUUCCACUUGGAGAGGGUGCUGGAAUUGGAUUGUUAAAAGGAGUCGAUUCAGUUCCAGUGCCUGAAAGCUCGACUUUGUAUGACCUGGUUCAAAUAGGAAUCAAGCAAACACAUGCAGCUGUUGGGGUAGUGCUCCGCUUGAGGAAAGAGUUAUCACUUGUGAAGGAUAUUCCUGUCCUCUUUGCUAUUGAUCAAUAUAAUAACUGGUUUACGUUCAGCGAGUAUGAGGAACCAGUAACUAUGCGCUCAUGUCGACCAGUACAUGCUAGAGAACUUGCAAUGGUAAAUGCUUUUAGGUCUAUGAUGCAUAAUAGCAUGAUGGUGGGUGCCUUUUCUCAUUCAACAGCAGUUGGAAAGUUGCGCAAGGAUUUGCCAGAUGUCCCUUUAGAUGCUCGUGUUAAUUUAACACGAUAUGGUUUAGAUGAAGCAGCUGCUGUUUGCCAUUACUACCUUAGGCAAAGAUUAUUGCCUCGAGAAGCAUUCUCAGAGGAGAGCUGGAAGAAGAUAUAUUAUUUGUCAAAUGGAAAUGGAGCAGAAAUGAGAGUGCUACUUCCUUUAAUGCAGUGACCCAUUGAAGAUGCUAUCCUUGGACAAAUUUAAACAGAGUUUGGCACAAUUGCCGUUCAAUCUUGUGGUCUUUGGUUUCCAAGCCGCAUGGCACUUUCUGCAUCCUAAAAGUGAGAUUAGCAAAAUACAGUUCCCUGCGUUUUGAAUCCUUUAUGUGAUGACAGCAGUUAGAGUCGCAAAGUGAGAAUUUGGCAAUUUUUGCCACAAUAUUGACUUGCUUGGUUCAGACAACUCUUGCAGCUCAAGCAUGUACGGAUCAGUUACACAUUUUGUAGUUCUGAUUGAUUGUAGAAGAUUGAUUUCUUGUGAUAACUGAUAAUAGUUCUCAUUUUCCAAGCCAAAAUUUUAUGGUUCUUUCUUCUA